UGCUCGGCGCUCGCUGCAGCCGCCUUCGCCGCCCGCCCGCCGCCUCCUCCUCCUCCGCGGCGGACUCCGGCAGCUCUCUCGCCAGAGUCCUCGAACUCGAUUCCUCUCGCCCUCGCUGCAGCGGAUCACCGGCGUGCCCCACCAUGUCAGACGCGGCCGUGGACACCAGCUCCGAGAUCACCACCAAGGACUUGAAGGAGAAGAAGGAAGUUGUGGAGGAGGCAGAGAAUGGAAGAGACGCACCUGCCAAUGGCAAUGCUAAUGAGGAAAAUGGGGAGCAGGAGGCCGACAAUGAGGUAGAUGAAGAAGAGGAAGAAGGUGGGGAGGAAGAGGAGGAGGAGGAAGAAGGUGACGGUGAGGAAGAGGAUGGAGAUGAAGAUGAGGAAGCUGAGGCUCCUACGGGCAAGCGGAUAGCUGAAGACGAUGAGGAUGAUGAUGUUGACACCAAGAAGCAGAAGACUGACGAGGAUGACUGGACAGCAAAGGAAAAGCUAAAACUAAGGCCGCCGUCACCUGUUCACCCUCCACUUCCCGUCUCAGAAUUUAAACGUGGUCACCACAGCGGGCAGUGCCACCCACAGAUGACAUGCGUUCUUCAUCAACCCACCAAAACCACAACAUGAAUUUGCAACAGGGGAGGAAAAAAAAACCAAAACUUCCAAGGCCCUGCUUUUUUUCUUAAAAAUACUUUAAAAGGAAAAUUUGUUUGUAUUUUUUAUUUACAUUUUAUAUUUUUGUACAUAUUGUUAGGGGUCAGCCAUUUUUGAUGAUGACGGGUGACCAGACCAGCCUUCAGAGCGUUCUCUGUCCUACUUCUGACCUUACUUGUGGUGUGACCAUGUUCAUUAUAAUCUCAAAGGAGAAAAAAAAAACCUUGUAAAAAAACAAAAAUGACAACAACAACAAAAAAAAACAAUCUUAUUCCGAGCAUUCCAGUAACUUUUUUUGUGUAUGUACCUAGCUGUACUAUAAGUAGUUGUUGAAAUAGGAGCGGUGGGGCUGCGUCCCCAACACCCCGGCCGCUUGGCUAGCUCAUGCCCGAAAUAACAGCACACAAACUGUAUUCAUUUAAGAACUGCUUGGCCCAUGAACUCUAACCCUUACAGGGUAAUUCUCGCACCUGGACUAGCCCAUUUCUAAUAAUGCAUGUAAGCACCCCAAGGUGUGCUUACCGGGAAGAUUCUAGCCUCCGUCCAUCAUGGUGUCUCUGCUCCAGAGAGCAGAGUUGUCGGGUCUCUCCGGGAGCAGAGCAGAGUCUGACCUCACUUCCUCUUCCGCCCAGAAUUCUAUUCUGUUUACUUUAACCUAUGAGGCCAGCCAAGCAGUUUCUUUAAUUAACCAAUGAAAUCAACAGAUUGAUAUAUGACACUCCCACAUCAAGUAGUUGGUUUGUAUGAGAUGGUUAAAAAGGCCAAAGAUAAAGGUUUCCUUUUUUUUCUUCCUUUUUUUUGUCUAUGAAGUUGCUGUUUAUUUUUUUUUGGCCUGUUUGAUGUAUGUGUGAAACAAUGUCCAACAAUAAACCGGAAUUUUAUUUU